ACCAGGGUCGCGGCGCUGGGAAGUUGCCAGUUACUAGUUGUACCCGUAACAGCAGGUCUAGGACGAGGGGAACGAAGUAGAGGCUCGUGCUGGCAACUUGCUUUGCCUCGUCCACUGCCAUGGCCACAAGUGGCCGGCUCUCUGACAUUUGCCAAAUAAGUUCACCUUCGAACAAGGAGCUUGUCUCACUUUGCAAGGAAAUGUAGUGAAUCUCAGUGUCCGAGUGAUCAAUCCUCUCCGCAAGAAAGUAUGAACACUGAUUAAGAAAGUAGGAGCAAUUCGCUGACAGUGCGUGUUGUUAGAUUUACUAUCAUAAUUACAGCUGCAUUGACGAUACAUUGCGCAGUUGGUGCAUGAGCCCCUGCUCAGUUCCAGAUUUUGCAUGCUCGAUCGUGGGAGCUGCACAAGGCUGUAUGCCCUGCCCAUGGGUCGCCUAGAUGCUAGCUGAAGUUUGAAAAGCUUGGCAGCAAAAUCGCGUGCAGGAACAUGACAUCUCCUCCCAACCACGUCUUGACACGACAGGACAGUGAGGUGGCGUCGGAGCUGAAGCUCGCUUUAGAGGAGGCCUGUUUGGAGGCUGGUGUGACAUUAAAGUCUUCUUUCGCCUCUCCUAAGGUGACAAGUUUUUGGUUUUGGGAAGACCAUAAUGCAGUCCCAGCAGGGAAGCUUGCCGGAUGGCUCGCUGCGGCCAGAAAACGAAGCUUCUGGCCCAUACGGCAACCGAAGAAGAAGCAUUCCCGCCUGCCUGGCUCUGCCAACAUGUCCGAAUCUGUUUCCAGUUCUGACGAUUCUGACAGAUCUAGCCUGGAGCUCACCGCUUCAGACCAGCCAGACUUGAACGAAAUAAGCUUGAAAGAGAGACUGAAGAAAGCAUCGGAGCUUGAUAUAGAGCCGGACAAGAUAUCCUGGAAAAAUCUUUCAAUCGUAUGUCGCACUGAGCAUAUGCAAGAUGUCGCAGACGAUGAUAGUGCUGGGGCAAUUGAGGUCAAUGUCAAUUCAGGAGGAGUGGUUUACUUUGCCUUAUUUCAGGCCGAAGAGGCCGACAGUGGAGAGGCUGCUGCAUGUAUCAAGUUUGCACCUUCCAGAUUAGCUACACAGUCAGAGCUCCUUGGCCUGGAGCUGGCUCGGCAUUUGGGAAUACUGACCCCAAAGGCUCGAGUCGUACAUAGCGGUUCGAACGAAUGGACAGCGAUCAUUUUUGCAGUAGAAAAGGCGAAGGAGAAAGCAAAAGUAGAUGAGAAUGAAGUUGGAGAGAAUACAUGUGGAGAACUACUGGAGGCGUUGAAUCUCAGUAGAAGUUUGCUUCUCAUGGGGUACGUCGAUGGCGGUUCAUUGUUGAGCACACCUCAGGCGUUUACUGAACAAAAAACAUGUGAAAGGACGGCAGCAACGCUCGGAAGGGUGAUGGUCCUGGACCUUGUUCUGAGAAACGAGGACCGCUUAGUGUGCGAGCAGUUGGGCUGGCGAGGUAAUCCCGGAAAUCUUCUGGCAACUGAAAAGCUCCCACUCGGCAAACUGCCUGGCAAGGAGAGAGAUCAUAGUUCCAUAAUCCCGAGAAGUCGAGGACGGGGAGACAAAAGAAAUAACAAUUGGAAUUUUCGGCAGCAGCUGAAAGUUCAGUUUGAGUCGAUCACAUCUGGUCGAGGCCCCAGCAGUUUUUCAGAUAAGGACGCUUCGUCUCGGAGCCCUGAAACCAGUUCCUCGUCAAGGUUAAGAACCGAAAGUUCUGGUGAGUUCGACGGGAGUUCACAGAGCAGUGAUGCAGAGAAGUCCAUGACUAGGAGUCUGCACAUAGUGGCCAUUGAUUCAGGAGUUCCUCGGAGGCCACCCUCCAUGAAGGCAGAAAAAGACAAGUCUGACUAUCCUAAGUUUGUGGAACUCCUCCUCAAUGACGAAACGAUUGCGGCGGAAAUUUUAAGGGAAAUUUCAGGCAACAACUUGGGCUGUCUGCAAAGUGAAACAGACAAUGAACAGACUGACCCGAACGUUGACAACUUGGACCACAGAAGGAUAGUCAAAGCUUUUCAGGAGGGAUUUCGAGCAGGGGCAUUUGAUAUGCAAGACCUUCGGAUGUUUCUUCUGAGAUUGUUUAGAAGGUUGAACCAACUUCUACGAGAGUUCGUCUCUUACAUGGCCAGCGUGGAGGAGAAAGAGGAGGAGGAGUCGGUAACAUCGUCUCCAUCUUCGCAUACUCCUUCGCAACGAACUUCGUCCAAUUCUGGCCGUCGCUCUACAAACAACCUAUCCCCGUUGGCGAAUGAGCUGAGGAGUAAGCUGGAAAAGCUGAAUGUGGAUUCGGCCAAUGAGGACUCUGCUCCUGAAGAGAAUGGUUCAAACACGUCAUCGCCGAUACAGAAGACAAGAAGCCCAAUGUUACGACGAACUAGUUCGCCUGACAACAACUCUGAUACCUCCUGCUCAGGUCGGAGCUCACUCAGAUCGUCUCCUCGUAUGCCGAAGGAAAGCUGGCAUGGGAAGCUUGCUCAAGCUCCCGCAAACCCAUCACAGCUCGGCAUGCGCCUCACUCUCAAACUCAAGGAUGUUAACAAGUCUGCCAAGGUUGAUGGGCAGCUCAGCAAGCAGCUUGACUACUGGGAUGAUAGGCUUCGAACGGAAUGCAGAAAGAUAUGCAAGGAGCAGCGCUUCACAACAGGAUUUUUAGAUAAUAGCAACAAUCAUAGCUUGAUAGACAGCUACGAGCUCAAGGUUCGUCUUGAUCACCUUCUGGAGAGAAUGGCCUUAAUUGUCCAGGGAGUCCAAACCGAGAGGCCAUCUUGUGUUUUGAAGCACUUAUACAUAGGGGGCGUUUUGUCUGCACGAUCACGUCUUACUCUUCAGCGUGUGGGCAUCACUCAUGUUCUGUGUCUCUGUCCGAAAGAGUGCAUCAUCGAUGCAGAUUACUCCGAGUUGUAUGUGUUGAAGAGCUUCCAGAUCAGAGACGAGGAGGAUGAGAAUAUUAGUUGGUACUUCGAGGAAGCCUGCAAAUUCAUUGACUCCGCUGAGGCAGAAGGCGUCAUCUUGGUUCACUGCUUCGAAGGAAAAAGCCGCAGUGCAGCAAUCAUCCUCGCUUACCUCAUGAUACGGAAGGGCCAAACUUUGCUACAAGCAUGGGCGUUACUGAAGGCUGUGCAUCCUCGCGCUCAACCAAACGACGGAUUCAUGAAAUGUCUUGUACGGCUGGAUAAAGAACUGCAUGGGAAAGUGUCUAUGGACUGGCAGCAGAAGAGACCCCAAGUUCGAAUGUGCCCUAUAUGCGGCAAAAGUGCUGGUAUCAGCAAUGUCUCCCUCAGGCAUCAUAUUCGAAAGUCUCAUCCCGACGUCACACAUGUUCCCCUGACCACCGUCAGAAGCCCAGAAGCCGAAAAAAUAGAAACUGCAACGUGCCCACUGGAGAACGUGCUUUCGGUUGUGGGGCUAUAAGCAUAUGUCAACUCUGCAACACUUGAUUGUGCAUAUGACAUCAGUUUUUCCAUAGGAGGGUCAGAUGUCACUGUCCAAGGUGACGAAGUCUUCCCUCGAUGCAGGAAACCUGUCAGUAGGUAGCUUUGUGUACAGAUAAGGCGGAACUGUAUAGUUUUGUAUAGGCGUGACACUUUUUGAAAUAUCUGAAGUCUGGACUCUCUGAUAUGUUUGCAGAAGGUAGUUUGCUGGUCCUAGUGGCAAAUAGAUCAGUCGAUCGAUCAGUAGUCUGUCGAUCUACAAAGACACAGGGAAAUAAUAUUUUUGUCGGGAUGGGAUGCCCAAUAGUGGCACGUAGAAGACGAGACACCUUGGCCGGAACAGGAAGACCAUAUGGUUAGAUUGAUUUGAACCUUAGAUCCCAAGCAGACCGGCAGAUCAGAUCUCAUUUGUUUGUCGAACGUCGUUAAUGCGUCGUUAAUGUCGUUAAUGCUUUAACAAAUAGCGCUGUACGAAGAGAACUCUUCAAGGUGUACUGAAAUGGGAAGCCCAAUCCUCGACAGUAAUAACAUGCACUUCAUCGCUCCACUUUCCUCUGC